AGCAGCGGGAGCGCGGCGAGCGGUGCUGCGGAGAGGACGCGCGACUCCGGCAGCGGCCGUGGCGGCAUUGGUCGCCCCGCCGUGGGAGGCUAUGGGGGCGCGUGCUGGCUCCCGGUGCCCGGCCAGCGGCGGCUCGGGGCGCCCUGCCCCGGGGCUGUAGGGAGACGCCGUGGACCAGUCACUCGCCGAAGACCUCCGGGACCCGCUCAUCUCGGUCCCCGGCUCGCCGUGUCUCUCCCGGACGCCCGGGGCGUGGAAGAGAAGCCAGACUCCGAGCGGGGCGAGGAGCAUGGGGAGAGCGGCCGCCGCAGGAGGAGGCGCUGGAGGGGCGCGCCGGUGGCUCCGGUGGCUGGGGCUCUGCUUCUGGGCGGCGGGGGCUGCGGCUGCCCGAGGAACUGACAAUGGGGAAGCCCUUCCUGAGUCCAUCCCCUCAGCUCCUGGGACGCUGCCUCAUUUCAUAGAGGAGCCAGACGAUGCUUACAUCAUCAAGAGCAACCCCAUUGCACUGAGGUGCAAAGCAAGGCCAGCCAUGCAGAUAUUCUUUAAAUGCAAUGGCGAGUGGGUCCAUCAAAAUGAGCAUGUCUCCGAGGAGAGUCUGGAUGAGAGUUCAGGCUUGAAGGUCCGGGAGGUGUUUAUCAACGUCACCAGACAGCAGGUAGAGGAUUUCCACGGGCCAGAGGACUACUGGUGCCAGUGUGUGGCCUGGAGCCACCUGGGGACCUCCAAAAGCAGGAAGGCCUCCGUGCGCAUAGCUUAUUUACGGAAAAACUUCGAACAAGAUCCUCAGGGAAGGGAGGUUCCCAUUGAAGGCAUGAUAGUGCUGCAUUGCCGACCACCCGAGGGAGUUCCUGCAGCUGAGGUGGAAUGGCUGAAAAAUGAGGAGCCCAUUGACUCCGAGCAAGACGAGAACAUUGACACCAGGGCUGACCACAACCUCAUCAUCCGCCAGGCACGGCUCUCGGACUCAGGCAAUUACACCUGCAUGGCAGCCAACAUCGUGGCCAAGAGGAGGAGCCUGUCAGCCACAGUGGUGGUUUAUGUGAAUGGAGGCUGGUCUUCCUGGACAGAGUGGUCAGCCUGCAAUGUUCGCUGUGGUAGAGGAUGGCAGAAACGUUCCCGGACCUGCACCAACCCAGCUCCUCUCAAUGGUGGGGCCUUUUGUGAGGGAAUGUCAGUGCAGAAAAUAACCUGCACUUCUCUUUGUCCUGUGGAUGGGAGCUGGGAAGUGUGGAGCGAAUGGUCAGUCUGCAGUCCAGAGUGCGAGCAUUUGCGGAUUCGGGAGUGCACGGCCCCACCCCCAAGGAAUGGGGGCAAGUUCUGUGAAGGGCUAAGCCAGGAAUCUGAAAACUGUACAGAUGGUCUCUGCAUUCUAGAUAAAAAACCUCUUCAUGAAAUAAAACCCCAAAGAUGGAGUAGGAGAGGCAUUGAGAACGCCAGCGACAUUGCUCUGUACUCGGGCUUGGGCGCUGCCGUGGUGGCUGUUGCAGUCCUGGUCAUUGGUGUCACCCUUUAUAGACGGAGCCAGAGUGACUAUGGCGUGGACGUCAUUGACUCUUCUGCAUUGACAGGUGGCUUCCAGACCUUCAACUUCAAAACGGUCCAUCAAGGUAACUCCCUGCUCCUGAAUUCCUCCAUGCAACCAGACCUCACGGUCAGCCGGACAUACAGCGGUCCCAUCUGCCUCCAGGACCCUCUGGACAAGGAACUCAUGACAGAGUCCUCACUCUUUAACCCUUUGUCUGACAUCAAAGUCAAAGUCCAGAGCUCAUUCAUGGUGUCCCUGGGCGUGUCUGAGAGAGCAGAGUACCACGGCAAGAAUCAUUCUGGGACUUUUCCCCAUGGAAACAACCGCAGCUUUAGUACAAUGCACCCCAGAAAUAAAACACCCUACAUCCAGAAUAUGUCAUCACUCCCCACCAGGACAGAACUGAGGACCACUGGGGUCUUUGGCCACUUAGGAGGACGCUUAGUCAUGCCAAAUACAGGGGUGAGUUUACUCAUACCACAUGGGGCCAUCCCAGAAGAGAAUUCAUGGGAGAUCUAUAUGUCCAUCAACCAAGGUGAACCCAGCCUCCAGUCCGAUGGAUCCGAGGUGCUCCUGAGUCCUGAAGUCACCUGUGGCCCUCCAGACAUGAUCGUCACCACUCCCUUUGCAUUGACCAUACCACACUGUGCGGACGUCAGUUCUGAGCACUGGAACAUCCAUUUAAAGAAGCGGACGCAGCAGGGCAAGUGGGAGGAAGUGAUGUCGGUGGAGGAUGAAUCCACAUCCUGUUACUGCCUUUUGGACCCCUUUGCAUGUCACGUGCUCCUCGACAGCUUCGGGACAUAUGCCCUCACUGGAGAACCAAUCACAGAUUGUGCCGUGAAACAGCUCAAGGUGGCGGUUUUUGGCUGUAUGUCCUGUAACUCUCUGGAUUACAACUUGAGAGUCUACUGUGUGGACAAUACCCCUUGGGCAUUUCAGGAAGUAGUUUCAGAUGAAAGGCAUCAAGGUGGACAGCUACUGGAAGAGCCAAAGUUGCUGCAUUUCAAAGGGAACACCUUCAGUCUUCAGAUCUCCAUCCUUGACAUUCCCCCAUUCCUCUGGAGAAUCAAACCAUUCACUGCAUGCCAGGAGGUCCCAUUCUCCCGCGUGUGGUGCAGUAACAGGCAGCCCCUGCACUGUGCCUUCUCCCUGGAGCGCUACACGCCCACCACCACCCAGCUGUCCUGCAAAAUCUGCAUCCGGCAGCUCAAAGGCCAUGAACAGAUCCUCCAAGUGCAGACAUCCAUCCUGGAGAGUGAAAGAGAAACCAUCACGUUCUUUGCACAAGAGGACAGCACUUUCCCUGCACAGACUGGCCCUAAAGCCUUCAAAAUCCCUUACUCCAUCAGACAGCGGAUUUGUGCCACCUUCGAUACCCCCAAUGCCAAAGGCAAGGACUGGCAGAUGUUAGCACAGAAAAACAGCAUCAACAGGAAUUUAUCUUAUUUUGCUACACAAAGUAGUCCAUCUGCUGUCAUUUUGAACCUGUGGGAAGCUCGUCAUCAGCACGAUGGUGAUCUUGACUCCCUGGCCUGUGCCCUUGAAGAGAUUGGGAGGACACACACGAAACUCUCAAACAUUACAGAAUCCCAGCUCGAUGAAGCCGACUUCAACUACAGCAGGCAAAAUGGACUCUAGUCCAAGAUCACUCGUGAGACAGUGACGGCCAGCUUCGGGACAUUUGCUUUAAAUGGGAAAGAGGCAGCUUUCUGCCCAGUGGCAUUUGGAGAAUUCAGCAUUCAUUUACAAUCAGUGUGAAUCCCUGGUUGAAGAAACUGAAUUUUAUAUAGGUAUAAUAUGUUCAUAGGGAAAAGUACAAGCUCUCUUGAAUAUAAGAGGGCUCUACUGUCUCGUCUAAAUCUGCACUCGGGCAAACACUUGAUGAACUUUCUCAGCUUUGGAGUGGGGAGGAUAAAAGUGAGGGCAUAGCUAGAGAAAAUUAACUGGGGAAAAGAUGAGCUACGGUAAAGCCAGGAAGGCAGAGAGUGAAUCGUGCAUGUUUUGAAACAGGUUUUUAAUGAGGUGCCCCAAAGGGCCAGCUGAUUCUGGUACCAGAUUGUCAGGGUUGUCUCCCAACUGGCAUCCGUGAGGUCAGCAAUUAUGUAAAACCAGCUUUGCGAAGUGAAACGGGGUGUCCAACCCAUUUGUAGGACUUCGGUAACGUCAAGGAGGGCAUUUAGAAUCUAGAUUCUGAGUUCAUCACACCAGCACCGAUUCCCCAUUUAUCCUAGCCACUUAACGGAAACAAGAUCAGAAGGUGAGACGGACCACAAACUAGUUCUUGCGCUGUACGCCACCUUCGUUUUCUCCCCGAGACAAAUAUGCCCACCUUCUCUCUACCCCUUCCUUACCCGGUUUCCGAGCAUAAUUAAACUCAAUAUGGAAAUUUACUUCUCCUAAUUCAACAAAGCAGAAUCCUCCAUUCCCAGCUAAGCCAGUCGAAUUGCAGAGUGCUAUUAGAACAGAG